AUGAGUUUUGUUUUGGGACCUAUAGUACAAAAAAUCUCCUCAUUCAUUUCAAACAACAAUAAUAAGACUAGCAUCCCAAUCGCAUUAGGUAUAGUAAUUCUAUCGACUGCAUUUUUAUUUCUAAAGAGUAAGAAACAUAAUUCUAACGUAGGUGAUAUUGCAAGAGGAAUGACAUCAAAAAGUGGAUUUAGACGUUGGAUGCCUCGUUCUGGUCAAAUGGAAAAUGAAGUUUUGAAAAGAGGUGGUAACAUCGGUGGGUUGGUAAAUGAUGGUAACACCUGUUUUAUGAAUUGUGUUUUACAAUCGAUGGCAUCUUCUAAAGAACUUCUGAAAUUUUUAGAUGAAGAAAUUGCAUGCAAAGCAAAAUUGGAUGAAGAUCAAUCAAACGGAGAUGAUGUUAAUAAUGAAAAACCUCAUAAUACAUCAAAACAACAACAGAAGCGAGAGGAAGAGGCAAAGAGUGAAGGUGAAACCGUUCCAGAUGUUACAUUUAGCGCUGCCCUUAAGGAGUUGUUAGAUAAAUUGAACGCCAAGUAUUACCGUGACAGACCUUAUUUUAAAGCCAACAAACUCUUGAAAUCGAUGUCUAAAGCGCCUAAUAAAAAUAUUUUAUUAGGUUAUGAUCAGGAAGAUGCACAAGAGUUUUUCCAAACCAUGCUUUCAGAGCUGGAGAAAAAUGCAAAAUCCUUGGAUAACACUACUAUAGAUAAACAUGCAAUCCUUGAAAAGGAUUUACCAGAAACCGCUGUCAUAGGUCAAGCACGUCUAGACCAUGUGGGUGCCGUCUAUAUUCCAACCGAACAAGUGACUCCCAAUUUGAUCCCACCCGGUAGUAAAGAAAAGUAUUUUACCAAGUUUAAAUUGAUUACACCAUUGGAUGGUAUUCUUGCAGAAAGAAUUGGUUGUUUACAGUGUGGUGAAACCGGUGGUAUUCGUUACUCAGUAUCAUCUGGAUUAAGUUUAAACUUACCAAGUGAUAAUAUGGGAUCAUCGUUAAAAUUAUCUGAUCUUUUAAAGGAUUACAUUAAACCCGAAAUUAUUGAAGGUGUAGAAUGUAAUCGUUGUGCAUUGAUUGCCGUUCGUGACCAUUUAAAGGAACAAUUACAGCAAUAUGAAGAUAAAAAGGCUAAUGCAAUACCUGCUAAACUAUGUCAGGCAUUCCAGUCCAGAAUUCAAGAAUUGGAAAAAGUUUUGAGUAAGCCAGUUAUUGAUGAUGAAGAAUAUAAAAAGCUUCACACGGAAAACAUGGUCCGUAAAUCUUCUAAGUCCAAACAAGUGCUGAUAUCAAGACCACCACCUUUACUGGCGAUUCACAUCAAUAGGUCCGUCUUUGACCCUCGAACUUUCAUGAUCAGAAAAAAUAAUGCUCGUGUUCUUUUCAAGUCAAGAUUGAACCUAUCACCAUGGUGCUGUGAUAUCGAUGAGAUUAAUAUGGAUGCACGUAUGCCUAUGUCUCAAAAAGAAGAAGUUAUUAUGGAUUCAAGCGAAGAUGAAAAUGUUGGUGGUGAAUUUUACACUAAAUUACAUCAAAAAUACGAAAGAGAAUUUGAGGAUAGCGAUGAAGAUUCCGAUCAACCCAUUGGUAGCAGUGAUGAUAAACUUGUUAGCAACUAUGAUCCAUUGGGUGGUGAUGGUAACUCGCUAUCAUCGUACUCAGAUGAAGAAGAGAGUAACGAAUCUGAUUACAUCGAAAAGACUGAUGCACUCGGUAAUACAAUUAGAGAACCUAGGGCAAGAGCUAAUGAUAAAGUGGAAGUUGCAGUCCGUGAAAAUGCUUCAGGUGCUUCUUCAUCUGAAGAAGAAGAAGAACCUGAAGAUAAAAAUCAAGAGAUGGAUGGUGAUGAUGAAGAUGAGAGAGCAUCAGCGCCACAAAACACUGAAAGUGAAGGCGAAGAUGAAGGUGAAGCUACCAAUGGCCCACUACCAUCUAAAUUUUCUGUACCAGCUACUCCCUUAACAUACUCGCUACGUUCUGUAGUGGUUCAUUACGGUACACAUAAUUACGGUCAUUACAUUGCCUUUAGAAGAUACAGAGGUUACUGGUGGAGAAUCAGUGAUGAGACCGUUUAUAUCGUUGAUGAAACUGAAGUAUUGUCCACACCGGGUGUCUUUAUGUUGUUUUACGAAUACGAUUACGAUGAGAGCACUGGUCAAACAAAGCAAGAAGAUUGGCAACUUGAAGAAGAAUACAAUCCUGAAAAAAUAGAAAUUGCUGGAGAGCCUGAAAGCUUAUCAUGA